ACCUCCGUGCUCGACACCACAGCUCCCACAUCCACCAUCACCACCGCUACCACCACCACCACCACCACCACCACUAACCGCCGCCGCCCCUGUGCAACGAACCUCGUCAUACCUAUACCCGCAAUCCGACGAAACACACGGAACACGUACAGACCGGCUCCACGGCCACGCACCUCCUCGCCCGCCAUGAUCUCUGGCGUCCUCUUCUUCAAUCAAAAGGGCGAGAAUCUCAUCUUCCGGCAAUUCCGCAACGACUGCCGCCCGCGCCUCUCCGACGUCUUCCGCAUCCAGGUGAUCUCGAAUGCGCAAGUGCGCUCGCCCAUCCUCACACUCGGCUCAACCACCUUCUCGCACGUCAAGCACGAGAACAUCUACCUCGUGGCCGUUACUAAGAGCAAUGCCAAUGCAGCGCUGGUGUUCGAGUUCCUGUACCGCCUCAUCACGCUGGGGAAGAGCUACUUUGGGAAGUUUGACGAGGAGGCGGUGAAAAAUAAUUUCGUGCUGAUAUAUGAGCUUCUCGAUGAGAUCCUCGACUUCGGCUACCCCCAGAACACGGAAACCGACACGUUAAAAAUGUACAUCACGACGGAGGGUGUGAAGUCCGAGCGGAACGUCGUUGAGGACUCGACCAAGAUCACGAUGCAAGCGACGGGAGCGCUCUCCUGGCGGCGCGCCGACGUCAAAUACCGCAAGAACGAGGCGUUCGUGGACGUGAUCGAGGACGUGAACCUGCUGAUGUCGGCGGGCGGCACGGUGCUGCGCGCCGACGUCAGCGGCCAGAUCGUAAUGCGCGCGUACCUCUCCGGCACUCCGGAGUGCAAAUUCGGGCUGAACGACCGGCUGCUGCUCGAUGGCGGCGAGCCGCAGCAGGGCGGGAACAAGACGGGGAGCGUGGGCACGGCGAAGACAACCACCCGUGCGGCGGCCGGCUCCGUCACCCUCGAGGACUGCCAGUUCCACCAGUGCGUCAAGCUCGGGAAGUUCGAUACCGAUCGGAUCAUCAGUUUUGUCCCGCCCGACGGAGAGUUCGAGCUCAUGCGCUACCGCGCGACAGAGAACGUCAACCUCCCGUUCCGCGUCCACGCCAUCGUCAACGAGAUCGGAAAGACAAAGGUCGAGUACCAAGUUGCCAUCCGCGCAAACUACGGGACGAAGCUCUUCGCUACCAACGUCGUCGUCCGCGUGCCUACCCCGCUCAACACCGCCGGCAUCCAGACGCGCACUUCCCAGGGAAAGGCGAAGUACGAGCCGUCGGAGAACUACAUAGUCUGGAAAAUCCCCCGCUUCACCGGCCAAUCCGAAUACGUCCUCAGCGCGGACGCGACACUGACCUCGAUGACGAACCAGAAGGCAUGGUCUCGACCACCACUAAACCUAAGCUUCAGCCUGUUGAUGUUUACAUCCUCGGGACUGCUCGUGCGGUACCUAAAGGUGUUUGAGAAGAGCAACUAUUCCUCCGUAAAGUGGGUGAGGUAUAUGACAAGAGCUGGGAGCUACGAAAUCCGGUUCUAGUGGAGGGGCGGAGGGGCAGAGGGGUGGAGGGGUGGAG